AUGUAUUUGAUUCAAUAUCAUCGAAUUGAUACGUGUUUAAUAUGCUUUUCUUAUUUGCAUUCUUGUUUUUUUCUUUGUUUUCGUUUUUUCUUUCUCUCAUUCCAUAUUUCUUCUUUCUUUACUUCUUUCGUUUUUUUUUUACCUUCAUCCUUCUCUCCGUCUUUGAUUCUGCCAUUUUUCUUUCCCUCCCUCUUUCAAUCCUUAUUUUCUCACACAUUCUUUUCUUCGUUUCUUUUUUCCUAUCGUUCCUUCCUUACCUUCUAUCGUUCCUUCCUUCUUUUCUUUCCUUUCUAUCGUUCGUUCCUUCCUUCCUUUCUAUCGUUUCUUCCUUCCUUCCUUCCUUCCUUCCUUCCUUCCUUCCUUCCUUCCUUUCUAUCGUUCGUUCCUACCUUUCUAUCGUUUCUUCCUUCGCUCCUUCCUUCCUAUCGUUCCUUCCUUACCUUCUAUCGUUCCUUCCUUCUUUUCUUUCCUUUCUAUCGUUUCUUCCUUCCUUCCUUUCUAUCGUUCGUUCCUACGUUCCUACCUUUCUAUCGUUUCUUCCUUCUCUCCUUCCUUCCCUUCUAUCGUUCCUUCCUUCUUUCCUUCCUUUUUAUCGUUCCUUCCUUCCUUCCUUUCUAUCGUUUCUUCCUUCCUUCCUUUCUAUCGUUCGUUUCUUCCUUCCUUCCUUUCUAUCGUUUCUUCCUUCGCUCCUUCCUUCCUAUCGUUCCUUCCUUCUUUCUUUCCUUUCUAUCGUUCCCUCCUUCCUUCCUUCCUUUCUAUAGUUCGUUACUUCCUUCCUUCCUUUCUCUCGUCCCUUCCUUCCUUCCUUCCUUCCUUCCUUCCUUCCUUCCUUUAGAUAUAUCCGUAAAUGUUUCAUUCCUAUCAAUACUUUUCUCUCUUUCUCUAUCUGUUUCCCCCCGCUUAAUAUCUCUUAUUGUUUUUCUAUUUCUUCUCACUCUCUCUCUCUUUCUUUGUCUAUCUUUGAAUCUUAGCACGCUCUCUUUCACUCACCUUUACUUACCCCUCAUCUCCGUUUCUUUUCAUCAACCUCUCUCUUUCUUGACUCUCUCUUUCUUAUCUUCCUUUCUUCUCUCAUCGGUUUUCCAAUUAAUACCGACGGACGUUAGUCAUCUCUUUCUCUUCUGCAGCCUCUUAAUAUUUCGUCCAAUCCUUUCUCCGUUCAUCUCCAUCUCUUCGUCAUUUUUAUUCGACCUCUUCUUUCUUUCUUUCUUUCUUUCUUUCUUUCCUUCUUUCUUUCUUAUCGUCUAUAUUUUUAUCGCUUUUCUAACUGAUUUCUCCUUUACAUUCAUUUCCUUUAUUCCAUUCUUUCUUCCUUUUUCUCUUUCUUUCUUUCUUUCUUUCUUUCUUUCUUUCUUUCUUUCUUUCUUUCUUCCAAUAAGUUUAAACGGCAUUUAUUUAUUUACGUCACCGGUUUUAUUUCUUUUACGUCACCGGUUUUAUUAUCUACGUUUUUCGCAAGCGUCUUGA